UUAUUAUUAUUAAUAUAAUUAAAGGGAUAAUUCACUCAAAAAAAGAAAUAACAUAAAUUCAAUCAUGAUUUACUCACCUUCACGUUGGUCCAAACCAACUUUUGUGUUCCACGCAAGCGAGAAAGUUCAACAGGUACACUUUCAACAGGAGGGUGGCUUGAGACUAAUGCGGGGCACUACAGCCUGGAAACAUGCAGCAGAAGCGCAACAUUCAGAUCAUAGAAUGGGAGGACUUGGACAAACGCAAGUUCUACUCCUUCGGGAUCUUCAUGACCAUGGCCAUCCGCGCCACGGUCUACCCGGCCACGCUGAUCCGCACCAGGCUGCAGGUUCAGAAGGGGAAGUCUCUCUACACCGGGACCUACGAUGCCUUCCGAAAGAUUCUGAGAGCUGAGGGUCUGAGAGGACUUUACAGGGGCUUCAUGGUGACCACAUUCACGCUCAUAUCAGGGCAGGCAUACAUAACCUCCUACGAACUGGUAAGGAAAUAUGUCUCCAACUAUUCUAAAGACAAUACGCUGAAGUCAUUAGUUGCGGGAGGCUCGGCCUCACUGGUGGCCCAGAGCAUUACCGUUCCCAUAGACGUCAUAUCACAGCAGCUCAUGAUGCAGGGCCAAGGGGAACAUCUGACCCGCUUUAAACUCAAACCCACAAUGGAAGCAACGCACACUGUAUUUUUCGGCCAGACGAGAGACAUCAUUGGGCAGAUAUUUGCUGCGGAUGGCAUACGUGGCUUUUAUCGAGGAUAUGUGGCAUCUCUCCUCACAUACAUCCCCAACAGUGCCGUUUGGUGGCCAUUUUACCACUUCUAUGCAGAGCAGUUGUCUAAGAUGGCUCCCAGUAACUGUCCUCAUCUCGUGCUGCAGGCAGUGGCUGGACCUCUGGCAGCUGCCACUGCCUCCACUGUCACCAACCCCAUGGAUAUCGUCAGGGCCCGGGUUCAGGUGGAGGGCAGGACGUCAGUCACUGAGACCUUCAACCAGCUGAUCAGAGAGGAGGGAUUCUGGGGGAUGACCAAAGGCCUCUCUGCUCGCAUCAUAGCCUCAGCGCCCACAGCAAUAGUCAUGGUAGUCGGUUAUGAAACUCUGAAAAAGCUCAGCUUACGCCCAGAGCUGGUUGACUCGCGACACUGGUAAAAAAAAAAAAAAAAGAAA